AUGGAUCUUUUUAAAAGUAUGAAGAUUGGCACAGGAACUGAUUAUGAGCUGUGUAGCAGCAGAGUUGGUUUUUUGGUAUGGGAGGUUUGGAAAGCACGAAAUCAGGCAGUGCAUCACAGGUCUAAACCUAGUCCUUUACUAGUAAUUCAAAAUGCUAAACAAAUGGAAAUUGAUUUUGCAAAUGUUGUAGAAGAACCAGCUAUAAGUUCUAAUCAUGAUAGAAGGACAGAUAGAAGGGUCACCUGGAGACCGCCUCCGCCAGGAUGGAUUAAGUGUAAUGUGGAUGCAGCUUUUCGCGAAGUGUACUCUGGAGGAGCAACAGCGGCAGUAUUCAGAGAUCAUGCUGGAAGCCUUCUCACAGCUUCAAAUCAUAGAAUUGCAGCUUCCUCACCUCUAGCUGCGGAAGCAUUUGCGGUUAGGGAAGCAUUAAUAAUGGCUAAAAACUUUCAACUGGAUAGAAUUAUUUUUGAAUCUGACAGUUUGAUACUCAUACAAGCUUUAAAAUCAAAAGCAUCAAUUGCAGAAAUUCAAGUUAUUUUGGAUGACAUUUUGGAAUUAGUGCGAAGUAUCACAAAUUGUGGGUUUACCUGGGUGCCUAGAGAAGGGAAUGGCUUAGCACAUGAAGUAGCUAGGCUUACUGCUGACGGUUCUCUUCAACAGAAUUGGCUCAGGUGCAAGCCACAAAUCAUCAUCAACAUUUUGGCAAAAGAGCACUAUAUGUCUCUGCAACUGGCAAACAGAUCAUGA